UAAUCAUUUAUAGCCAAGGGAUUUGGACAAGCUGCAAAAAACUGAGAGAAAUUUAUGUGAAAGGAAUGAAGAUUCUGCAUUCUUCCUCCUUCAGUGAACAAAUGCCAGCCCCUUGUGAACAGACAACCAAAAUGUCUACUGGAACAGAUGUCAAGAAUUCAGAGCCAAACAUUUCUGUGGAUGAUAACUUAAGCAUGAGUCAAGAGCAACCCUCUAAGAAAGGCCUUUGUUCACUUCGACAUGGGCUGGCCUUCAUCUUGCAGCUCUGUAAUUUUUCAAUUUCUACACAACAAAUGAGCUUGAGCAUUGCUAUCACAGCUAUGGUAAACAACACAGCCACAAGCACUCAGCCCAAUACCUCCACAGAAAGACCCCCCAUAGACUCCCAGGACUACUGGAAUGAAACACUAAAGGAAUUUAAGGCAGUGGUUUCCACAUAUGACUGGAAUCCAGAAAUCCAGGGAAUCAUCCUGAGCUCUCACAAUUAUGGCUCAUUAUUGGCUCCAAUCCCUACUGGCUAUGUGGCUGGAAUAUUUGGAGCCAAGUAUGUUGUUGGAGCUGGCUUGUUAAUUUCCUCAGUCCUGACUCUCUUUCUUCCACUGGCAGCUGAUGCUGGAGUGGCUCCAUUUAUUGUUCUUCGGGUCAUCCAAGGCAUAGCCCAGGUUAUGGUAUCAACAGGUCAGUAUUCGAUUUGGGUCAAAUGGGCUCCACCAAUGGAAAGGAGUCAACUCACCACCAUUGCUGGAUCAGGGUCAAUGCUGGGAAUCUUCAUUGUUCUCCUUGCUGGUGGUCUCAUCUGCCAGGACAUAGGAUGGCCUUAUAUCUUCUAUAUCUUUGGUGGAAUUGGCUGUGCCUGUUGCCUUCUGUGGUUUCCUCUCAUUUCUAAUGAGCCCAGUAAUCAUCCCUUUAUCCGUCCUAGUGAGAAGAGCUACAUCUUGAGUUCACUGGCCCAACAGGAUUGCUUGCCAGACUGGUCUCUUCCCAUUAAAGCUAUGGUCAAAUCCCUACCACUAUGGGCCAUUGUAGUGUCCUAUUUCUGUCAAUAUUGGCAGUUUUCUACUAUGAUGGCAUACACACCUACAUAUUUCAGCUCUGUACUUCAAGCCAAUGUCAAAGAUAGUGGGAUCCUGUCAGCUCUGCCAUUUAUUAUUGGCUGUGUCUGCGUUAUCCUUGGAGGUCUAUUGGCAGAUUUUCUUUCAUCUAGAAAAUUCCUCAGACUUGUCACCGUCAGGAAACUCUUCACUACUAUAGGGGUUCUUUCCUCUGCUGUGGUCCUCUUGAUUCUGCCUUGGGUCAAAUCCAGCUUCAGUGCCACCGUGGUCCUCUUGGUAUUGUCUUCUGCCUUCAGCAGCCUCUGUGAUUCAGGAGCCCUUGUUAACUUCCUGGACAUUGCUCCUCGGUACGGUGGCUUUCUCAGAGGACUAAUGCAAACCUUUGCUUAUAUAUCUGGAGCCAUCUCUCCUACUGCUACUGGAUUUUUCAUUAGUCAGGAUUCAGAGUGGGGUUGGAGGAAUGUCUUCAUAGUUGCAACUGCUGUUAAUAUAUCAGGCCUGAUCUUCUACCUCAUCUUUGGCCAAGCAGAAGUACAACAUUGGGCUAAAGAGCAGACAGGCACCUACUUCUGAGAAAACAGAAUGAUAUGUGAAAUCUGAUGCUUAUUUCAUUGCUUUCCCUCACACACUUUCCUCAUGUGUACCUGUUUGAGUGAUUAGCCAUUUAAUUGAAAUUGGCUUUGUUUCAAGUAUCUUCUCAAAGACCUUGGUUAUGUAAUAUUGUAGAUUUUACCAUGCCUAGAGAUUUCACAGGGGAUGAGGAAGCUUAGUUGUUUAAGUGUGCUCCUGACUACACAUUUAUUGGAAUUUCUUCUCAUCUCCAUUUUCCCCUCUGCUAUCCUGGUAAAAGCAUCAAAGACUAAGGAACAAUUUUUCACCAAAGCAAGAGGAAACUAGAAACAAAAAAGUGAGGGCCAACAGUCACAAGUAGAGUAGUAUCCUUCUGCAAACAACCUGGAGAUGAAGCCUGAGAGCUAGUAUAUUAAGAAAUAGUCUAACCAUGGAAAAGCAUAGUAUUUAUGUCUGAAGUUCCAGAGGCCAGAGCAAGUGAAAUUGUUCUUACAUCAAAUGAGAACCGUUAAAGGGCUAUUCUGAAGUUUGGGGUAGGCAGUGUACUUAAAAUAUGAAAAGAAGGAAAAAACAAUAAAGAACGAACUCAUCAUCACAACAGGAAUGAAAGUUCCUCCAGAGAAUGCAAGUGGAGAGUAGACUUCAACUAUUACAGACAACUUGCUAGGUUUUUUUUUUUUAAUGGAUGCUGGCUUUGAGUCUAUAACAUCUGCACCACUCAGCCAUUCUUUGGAGUCAGCUCUUCCACAACUACCUUCAUCUUGACCUCAUCCCUACAUCUGGUUUGUGAAGCCAUGAAGAUCUCUUAUAUUUCUUAGUGAGCGGACAUUGCCCUGUGCCUUUUUUAUCCUUUCAAGACAUUUAUUCAUGUUGUCAGUCCUAUCUCCAGUGCCUUUUGAUUCUCUGAUUAUUGGGAAGCCCCUAACCAUUUAGUGGGUCUCAUUCAUUGUUCACUUUAUUAUCCAAAAAUGCCAGUAAGAUCCAUACUGGAUCAACCUCAUUCCAAAUCUCCCUUGUAUAUCUGCAGAUAUACAUGGUAUAUCUUGGUUUCAUGAUGCCUUCAUAUGGUCAGCACAAAGAUCAUGAAAGAGAACAAAAUCAUUCAAGCGCUAAAUAAAUACUAAUAAACACAUUAAGGUUUAUGGAAGCAUGGCAGACAUCAAAAUCAUACACAGCUUGAAGGAGUUCACUAUCACAGGAGGGCAAUAACUGCAAUCAAAGUAUCACACAAAUUAAUAUGUAAUGACAGUUAUGGAAAAGGAAAAAAUGAAGGGUAUAUCACACAAGAAGAGUGAAUGAUACCUGGACACCAGUACCUUAUUCUUGUAAUCCUAGCUACUUGAGUCUGAGAUCUGGUGGCUGAUAAUUUGAAGUCAGCAAGAGAUUCCAUCUCCAAAAAUAAUAAAUAUAAAGCAGGACUGAAGGCAUGGCUCAAGUGGUAGACACCAGCUAAGCAAGCAAGCUGAUUGAGCAUGAGGCCUUGAGUUCAAACCCUGAUACCACUAAAACAAAAGCAGUGAAUGAUAAGUGCAUAACCACUAAUUUGAAUGUGAAGGAGAGUGCCCUACAAAGUUUCAAUUGAGCCAAGAUCUGAAGGCCCACAGCAAAGACUUGAUGUCAAUAGAGAGUAAUUAGUCUGCCCAGAAAGUAAGUUGUGAGCAGACUGUAGACGUAUUGAGGUCAAGAACACAUGAAACACUGUGGACCUAGCAUAAUCUUUCUAUGGAAUUCAGAAGUAUUGUGGUGAGAAAGGAUAUAAUCAGGGAUGUAUUUUUCAAAGGCUACGCUGCAUGAGGGAAUGUUGAAUAGAGUUCCCAGUGUAGUGCAGUGAUGGCUUCUGGCAUGAGGAAAACAAACUAAACAGACUAUUUGCUUCAAAAGACAAGCCUGAUACGACUUCCAUACUACGUGAGAGAAAGAUGUCCAGAGCAAUGGCUGCAGUUUUGGUAUGACACUUGAUUGAUAAGGAUGCCACUCACAAAGAUGGCAGUCACACCAAAGUUCAUAAGAAGGAAAAUGAACCCAGAUCGGAUUGCACAUGUGCAAUUUGACCUCCAGAUAUCAGGAGCCAUUUAUACAUCAUUUGGCAACAUCUUAGACAAAAGAAUAAUAUUGGGUUCAUAGUAAGUGCCAAUAAAUGUUUGUUGAAUCAAUAUGUAAAUCUAUGAGUGGAAAAGCUCUGGAAUCAGGAAAAAAUGAAUGGGAAGAAGAAUACCAUAUUUUCACCUAAAUUUUCUUUUUUGCUCCUGAAAUUUUCUUUAUAUAAAUUAUAUAAGACAAAGCAUAUAAAAACAAAGUAUAUACUUUGUUUUGAGGACAGAAUCAACUGAAAUGAGGAUUCAUCUGCUUAAUUGAAACUAAAAUACCAAGAAACUGAUUUGUUCCAUUUUAUUUCUCCUGUUUGGCUCUAUAGCCAAACCUAGGACUUAUCAUUGACAAGGCAUUGCCCAUUAGGGUAUAACAUUUCUUGCUUCUUUUUGAACUACCCAAAUCUGCAUUUAAUCAUCAACUUUCCUUACCUCAACGUUUUAAUAUUUUCCUAGUGGGUCACCUUUAGUCGCUUCUGAAAACAAACUGGUUUCUUCCUGUAGCCACCAGAAAGGAAGCCAAUUUUGUACCUUUUUCUCCAAAAAUAAGUAACCGUGAAAGUAUAGGAACCAUCUGAGAUUUUCCACUGGCUUAUACUUUUACAAUGGGCGGGGGUGAGAGGAAGAGUAACAAUUGAAAAUUGAGAACAAAGGCCUUUCACAAGUUUUUAUAAAAUUUCACAUGUGUUUAUU